AUGAAGUUAAUCAAAACUACUGUCGAACCAGUCUCCACUUGGGCCGCCGAUUGCUUUAAGGAUGAGAAGACUACUUUGAAAAAUUGCAAGAAUUUUACACACGAACUCUAUAUAAAUGGCAAAGUGCGGGAAAUUUUAAUAAAAAUGCGUAAGCUGAAUAAAGUAAUACUAGUCUUUAACACUGACCUUGCUCCGAAACCAAAAUUAAAAAUUGGUUAUCUGCUUCACCUACAACUGAUUUUUAAAUCAAAUCGUAAUGAAAUCCGAGAAGCAGAUAUUAUAAGCAUACCAAAUGACCUACUUUAUAAGCAGAAUCAACUGGAAACACUUACGCUUAACGUACAAGGUCUAAAAGACCAGUACAUAUCGCUGCAAAACUUGACGCGAGCUUACUUUAAUAACUUCACUGCGCUGAGGCAACUUGACUUAGCCGGAAAUAAUAUGAGAAGGUUGGCCACAAGCAUCUUUGCAACGCUAACGCAAUUGAGUGGUCUGAAUUUGAGCCGUAAUGAAAUCCGGGAAUUGCCCGAAAGUCUAUUUGCAUAUCAGCGUCAACUUAUCAUACUGGAUCUGAGUCACAAUUUAAUGGAAUAUUUAACGCCACACAAUUUCGAUCACACUCCUCGGCUAUGGCAGUUGAUACUUGGUGGCAAUCAACUGCACGACACCACAAGUCUUAUAGAAAAUCUGAAAUCACUGAAUUGUCUACAUAGGUUAGACGUAAGCCAGAACCAACUGAAAACUAUACGUAGCACCGAGACUUCCGUUAAUAGAGCACCAAGAUUACUUACAAAUUUUCGAUACAACUAUGAGUGCAUGAGUUUGGCUUUAGCCGACGGUCUUAAUUAUAUUACCAAGUUGCAACCAGAAAUUUACGAAGGUGGCAAGAUUAGCUCAACAGUAAUCAAUUUAAGUGGUAACCGUUUGCGCGAAUUCACUUUAGAUUGGCUUGUAGCAGCGAACACUCCAUGCCCUUUUGAAAUAAACCUAGAGCACAAUCUGAUUGAAAACAUUUUUGCUUUACAAAAUUCCAACGGUUCGAGUGCCGAUUGCGCACCCGAAAUCAAAAUGACUGGUAAUCCGAUCGUGUGCGAUUGUAAAUUUGCUUGGAUUUAA